AUGUAUCGAACAUAUUAUACCAGUCGUUAUCAAACAAAUCUUUAUCAACCAACUCAAUAUCUAUCAAUCCAAUACCCAUCAAAUCACUAUCUAUUAAGUCAAUAUCUAUCAAAUCAAAAUUUAUCAAAUGUUUAUGUAUCAAAUGAAUUAUCUUAUGAUAUUCAUGCUCCUCAAAAAGCAAUUCAUCGCAUUGAAGCACAAUCUGACGCAGAACGAAAACAAUUUAUUAUUGAUACAUUCAUGAAACUUUUAGGAGAUGGUAUUCGUGAAAAUCCCAAAGCGUUUCGUGGUCGCUUUCGUAAAAUGGCAGAGUCAGCAUUUAAAUUCUAUUGUGGUUCAGCAGUUUUAUUUUAUCAAGAUUUAAAAGUUGAUCAAGAUCAAUUUAUUGCAAGAAAUACUGCAGCUGGACAAAUUUUUAUCCAUGGUGAUUUACAUGCAGAAAAUUUUGGAACAUAUAUGGAUAAUCAUGGUAUUCUGAAUUUUGAUGUUAACGAUUUUGACGAAGGUUAUGUCGGUUCAUUUACAUGGGAUGUUAAACAUUUAUUAGCUUCACGUAAUUUAGUUUGCCAUAGGAAAGGUUUUUCAGAUGAAGAAAUCAAACGUAUACUUAUUGUUUGUGUUGAAGAAUAUUUAAAACAAGUUUAUGAAUUUUGUAAAUAUAGAAAAAAAUGA